GGCCCCCUUCUCUCGGCCCGGCCAUCUUGUGGGAAGAGCUGAAGCAGGCGCUCUUGGCUCGGCGCGGCCCGCUGCAAUCCGUGGAGGAACGCGCCGGCGAGCCACCAUCAUGCCUGGGCAUUUACAGGAAGGCUUCGGCUGCGUGGUCACUAACCGAUUUGACCAAUUAUUUGACGACGAAUCGGAUCCCUUUGAGGUGUUAAAGGCGGCAGAGAACAAGAAAAAAGAAGCCGGCGGGGGCGGCGUUGGGGGCCCGGGGGCCAAGAGCGCAGCUCAGGCCGCAGCCCAGACUAACUCCAACGCGGCAGGCAAACAGCUGCGUAAAGAGUCCCAGAAAGACCGCAAGAACCCACUGCCUCCAAAUGCUGGCGUGGUUGACAAGAAAGAGGAGACGCAGCCGCCUGUGGCGCUUAAGAAAGAAGGAAUAAGACGUGUUGGAAGAAGACCUGAUCAACAACUUCAGGGUGAAGGGAAAAUAAUUGAUAGAAGACCAGAAAGACGACCACCUCGGGAAAGACGAUUUGAAAAACCACUUGAAGAAAAGGGUGAAGGAGGAGAAUUUUCAGUUGAUAGACCAAUCAUUGACCGGCCUAUCCGAGGCCGUGGUGGUCUUGGAAGAGGUCGAGGUGGCCGUGGACGCGGAAUGGGCCGAGGAGAUGGAUUUGAUUCUCGUGGCAAACGUGAAUUUGAUAGGCAUAGUGGAAGUGAUAGAUCUGGCCUGAAGCACGAAGACAAACGUGGAGGUAGCGGAUCUCACAACUGGGGAACUGUCAAAGAUGAAUUAACUGACUUGGAUCAAUCAAAUGUGACUGAGGAAACACCUGAAGGUGAAGAACAUCCAGUGGCAGACACUGAGAAUAAGGAGAAUGAAGUCGAAGAGGUAAAGGAAGAGGGUCCAAAAGAGAUGACAUUGGAUGAGUGGAAGGCUAUUCAAAAUAAGGACCGGGCAAAAGUAGAGUUUAAUAUCCGAAAACCAAAUGAAGGUGCUGAUGGGCAAUGGAAGAAGGGAUUUGUUCUUCAUAAGUCAAAGAGUGAAGAGGCUCAUGCUGAAGAUUCGGUUAUGGACCAUCAUUUCCGGAAGCCGGCAAAUGAUAUAACGUCUCAGCUGGAGAUUAAUUUUGGAGACCUUGGCCGCCCAGGACGUGGUGGCAGGGGAGGAAGAGGUGGACGUGGGCGUGGUGGACGUCCCAAUCGUGGCAGCAGAACUGACAAGUCAAGUGCUUCUGCUCCUGAUGUAGAUGACCCAGAGGCAUUCCCAGCUCUGGCUUAACUGGAUAUGCCAUAAGACAACCCUGGUUCCUUUGUGGACCCUCCUCUCUGAGGCUUUGCAUGCUUAAGGAUCCCAAACGACUUAAGAAAUUAAAAAAAAAAAAAAAAAAGACUGUCAUUCAUACCAUUCACACCUAAAGACUGAAUUUUAUCUGUUUUGAAAUGAACUUCUCUCGCUACACAGAAGUAACAAAUAUGGUAGUCAGUUUUGUAUUUAGAAAUGUAUUGGUAGCAGGGAUGUUUUCAUAAUUUUCAGAGAUUAUGCAUUCUUCAUGAAUACUUUUGUAUUGCUGCUUGCAAAUAUGCAUUUCCAAACUUGAAAUAUAGGUGUGAACAGUGUGUACCAGUUUAAAGCUUUCACUUCAUUUGUGUUUUUUAAUUAAGGAUUUAGAUGUUCCCCGAUUUCAAAGUGGUUUUAAAUAUUGGACAUAAUAUCAGUUUUAAUACCUGCUUUGCAUUUUCACACAUGGUCAGCUGGGACAUGUAAACUUGAUUUGUCAAAUUUUAUGCUGUGUGGAAUACUAACUACUUUAUGUAUUUUAACUUAGUUUUAAUAUUUUCAUUUUUGGGAAAAAUCUUUUUUCAAUUCUCAUGAUAGCUGUUAUAUAUGCUAAAUCUUUAUAUACAAAAAUAUCAGUACUUGAACAAAAUUCAAAGCACAUUGGUUUAUUAACCCUUGCUCCUGCAGUGAUGCAUGGUUCAUUAGGUUCAGAUAAUAUUUGAUUCACAAUUUCAACUGUAUGGUUUAUCCAUUUUAAAAAACAAAUUAGAUACAUUUAUUGGUGAAAGUUGUUUAAGCUUAUUGUUGAUAGACACAUCCUGUUGAGUAAAGUAGUUACAUGGAUUUUUUCCCCUUCCAUUACUGUGGGUGGAAUAGGUUGAUUUGGCUAAUACAUAAUAUUUAAACUAUUCCUGUAAAGUAAGUGUCUGGCCCUUCAGUAUGAUUUGUAUAUUAGAAAGGUCCCAAAAUCAAAAUUGUACUCCUAUAAACAAUCCUUUAGCCCUUCCUUGUUCUAAAGAAACCAAAGGACACUGGUUAGUAUGGUGAGAGGGGGUAUAUUUUAAUUUUUGGAAUUGGGAAAGCAGACAGCUUUAUUUUAUAAGGUUGGAACAGCAGCACUAUCCAUGAAAUAUAAACCAAAAAAUCUUAACUGUUUCUGAAUUUUCUAUAUUGCUAUUAAUUUUGGUCUUCAGUUGAUAAGUGAAUGUUUGUUUCACAAAAGACAGUUAUCUUUCCUCUUCCACCAUUAGAAAAUUAGGUUAAUAAUCCAUUGUUUGGGAGCAUCACCACUUACUAAAACAUACUUGGAGAGACUGAUCAAUAAACAGAUUUUCUAGGAUUUUUAUUAUUAUUUUGCCACAUUUAUUGAUGAGCAUGGAAGGAAUUUUAUUUUGUUGCAAAGGGCUUUAGUCACUCAGUAAGUUGUAAUAGUUUUGUACCUAUGUGUCUAAUGCCUGGUUUUAAAAAUAGGGAAGAUCUUCAGUCUUAAAAUGUCUAUUUAACUGAUUGGUUCUCCCAUAUGCCUCUAACAAAUUGUACAGAAUAAGAAUUAUUUAUUUGGAUUAGAUUUAUUUACCUCAUCACUUACUGUCUAAGAACUAGGGAAGAGAUAAUUAUUCUUUAAUGGUGGAUAAAAGUUGUGCUGGUGUUUUGGAUCUUAUGAUGCUGAGCAUGUUCUGCACUGGUGCUAAUGUCUGAUAUAAUUUUAUAUUUACAAACAAACCUGCUACCCAGAGGCAAGUAUUAUUUAGUCCGUAUGGACUGUUGACCCCUCUUGAGAAGGCAACAUAUGCACUCCUGAAUCAGUGUUUAGAUUUGAGUAUCUAGCUCAUUUCUGAACGUGUGACAUUAGCUUGUAAAUCUCUUGAUUUUUAGAAAUGUUAAAACACCUGGUAUUAAGUGAAAACACUGCAAAUCUUGCUCACUGUCAGCCAUUUGGCAGUCAUGAGAGGACACAGCAAUAUCUGGUAUGUUGCAAGCUUUCAAGAUAGCCAGAUUUUAAAAAGUUGGUCCAUUAGUUGUAUCUGAUGGAUGUAAAUUUGCCUCCUAGUUCACUUUGUCAAGAGCUAAAACUGUGAACCUAACUUUCUCGUAUUGGUGGGUUAAUAAAAUAAAGAUUUAUUUUCAUGCUCACUUUCUAAAAGU